GCCUAUUAUCAAGUAGUUGUUAGGAUGUUAGAAUCAUGUGAAGCAGUUAUAGUUCUAAAAGGAGAAACGAAAGCUCGAGUGCGGGCGGCGUGGGAUUAUAGGAAUCGCACAGACAGGCCUGUGAACACGUGCGAAAAUCUCGUGUCUCGACGUUUGCGCCCACGGCAUCGAUCGUUCUUUCGUUUAGCGCUUCUCGCGUCAGGAAAAUCCGAUUUCUCCAGUCUUCCCCUCAUCCUUUCGACUCUUUCCUGGGAUGUUCGCCAUCAUGAUGGCGAUUGCGAACGUGCCGAGUUUUGAGAGACGAUCACGGCAAUGGCCGAGGUUCUUUUUAAAGCAGAAAAGAACUCUCUUUGACUUUCUACCCGCCGAUACAACUGGCGGCGCAUUCAAUUCGCUAACGAGCGACCGUGAUUAGCCGGCCACUGUCCAAGGGUUGGCCUAUUCCUCACCAUUCACCCUCUCAUUACCCGCGAACCCCAGUAAUUUCACGGGACAGUCGGUCUAAAUUAGCCGGCCGGUUUAUACGCCGGGACGUUCGAGGCAUUCCUAGUGAACCUGAAAAGCCGUCAACUCCCAGACGCACGCCGAGCGAUCCGAUGUGGUUCGAUUUCUUUGUUGAUCAGUCGUAUUAUAGCGCGAGAUGAUUUACUGCAGCUGGAACCAAUUGCGUUUAAUGCUACAAUCUUUACAUACUCGUUGCAAAGCUAGUUUAAAGUUGCAUAGCGACACUACGCGAUGUUA